UUGAUACUCCAUAAUUAGAAGAAUACCAAAUGCACAGGGAAAAGAGAAAAAGAGUAAACAACAUAGUAGAGGUAGUGAAUAUCGUAAAAAUUGAAAAACAGAAAAAAGAAAAAAAAAAGAAAAAAGAAAAAAGAAAAAAAAAAGAAAAAAGAAAAAAGUCGCCCCAAAAAGAGUUGCCGCGCAAUUCGCUGCCGGCACCGGCUCUCGUCUCCCUCCUUUCAAACCUCACCAUCUUCCUCAAAUUUCUCAAUCCUGAAAAAACAAGCGUAGCGCGCAGAUUAGUUCCGAGCGGCAUCCGCCUCAGAUUGAGAAGGAUUUUGGCUGGGGAAAGGUUCAUCAUGUUUGCAACUGCAGUCAGGUAUAUUGCUAAGAAACCAAAGCCUAAAAUGAAGCCAAUAGAACUCAAGACUCCUCCGGAGCAAACGCAGACGAUCACAAGGGUUAUAUUCGACGUCUUGAAGGAACACGGCCCUCUAACCAUUGCAGACACAUGGGAGCAUGUUAAGGAUGUUGGGCUGAGAGGACUCUCAAGCAAAAGGCACAUGAAAAUAGUGAUGAGAUGGAUGAGAGAGCGGCAGAAGCUGAGGUUGAUAUGCAACCAUGUUGGUCCUCACAAGCAAUUUUUAUACACUACAUGGUUCACAAAACCUGACGUCAGCCCAACACGCCCUGGCACGAGGCCAGGAACAAACGACGCUUCAAGACCCAAGUCAUAAGCAUCUUACAUGUUUUUGUGUAGCGGCUCAUGUUUUUAUGACUGCUUUUCAUAUAGGAAAACAUCAGACAAUAACUUCCAUCGAUCAUAGCUCUAUGAUAAGACCAUUUACAAUUUCUUGAACCUCGAUCGUUCGGCUACUUCUCAUGAACUCUUACAUUGUUGGGGCAUGGCUGGGGCAAAAAAUAGGAGAGGCCGCGAACCCUUAGGUAUGUUGAAGAAGGGGUAAUUAUACUAUUGAUACAAAACGUUUCUAUCAUUGUUUUAUAUUCAUAUAAAAGGUUUGAAGUUUGCA